ACCAGCCAACGUUUAUAUCUAUUCCAUCGUUAUUUUCUUCUAGUGAUUCAUUGCCGUGUUUGAUAUAUAGUAGGAUUGACAGGAUCAACUCAAGAACUGUGAAUCUGGCGAGAACGAGUCGAUUCUUGCGGAGCGUUGACAACGACGUGGUGGGGUCUAAGUUUCCGUCUGGCGAUAUCAACGUUGGGCCCAUGUCUGAGUGAACUUCUCUGUCACUGUACGGCUUUCCUUCACUAUCCUCGAGUCAAAACAAUGUUUGACCGAGUCAAGAAGAAACUAAACGCAAUGGCUGGCAAUACCAAAUACAAGCUCACCCAAGAGCAAAAAGAUCAUUUCAUGAAAUACGGCUAUCUCCGAGUCCCUGACUGCUUCACUCGUGAAAAAGCUGCCGAAUGGACCAAAGAUAUUUGGACACGCUUGGGUUAUUCGCCCACUGAUAAAGAAACGUGGACAUCCGAGAGAAUCCACAUGCCCCCGCAUCGACAUGAACCUGUCAAGACAUUCGCCCCAAAGGCGUGGGCAGCGAUCUGUGAAGUUGUCGGUGGUGAGGACCGGGUUUUGGAUGAGGCUGCAGUAUGGAAUGAUGCAUUUAUCGUGAAUUUGGGUACCAAGGAGGCUGAAGGGAAAGAAUGGCCGCAUCCAAAGGAAUUGUAUGGAUGGCAUGUCGAUGGGGAUUUCUUUAUUCAUUUCCUGGAUUCGUGUGAGCAAGGUCUACUGGUCAUUCCGCUUUUUAAUGAUAUCGUCGAGCAUGCUGGUGGAACGGUGAUUUGUCCGGACUCCAUUCCCUACAUGGCGAAACAUUUGUAUAACCAUCCCGAAGGGGUCUCACCACAUAUGGUUCCUCGCGGCGGUCAACUUGAGGGCGAAUACAAGGAUGGUUUCUACACACGAAUCAUCAGUCAAUGCUCCGAGUUCCACGAAAUGACAGGUAAAACCGGCGACGUUAUACUCCUCCAUCCGUUGAUGGUUCACUCCGCAUCAGUCAACACGCUGCGCAUCCCACGAAUUAUUACCAAUCCGCCCGUCAUGUUGAGGGAACCUUUUCGAUUCGACCGCCAGAACCCAAAUGACUCCAGCCUCGUCGAGCGUAAGACACUACAAUCCCUGGGUGUUGAUCGACUUGACGAUUGGAAAAUCGUUGGCGAGAGGGAGAUGGUUGUUCCUGAGCGAUUGCGUGCCCAGGCUGCGAUGAAAGAGGAGGAGAUGAAACGAUUGGCUGCUUCAUAGCCUAAGUAAUCUUGCUUGUAUUCUUACUUUAUACUUACUCAAGUACAAGGGGCAUUACCAUCUA